AUGAAUUACAAUUGGCGAAAACGAGACUUGCAGCUAAGACCUAUUGUUUGGAAACCCCUUUAUCAUACUCCUAUUGAAAGAAGCCCGAUAGAAUGGUUUUCUUUAUUAUUUUCAGAAGUAUUUGAGAUGCUUACUAUUGAAACCAAUAGAUACUUAGCACGUAAGCUUCUCUCUGCUGACGUCAAGAUUGAAGAGAUGAAAUGUUUGGUAGGGAUUUUGUUAGUCAGUGGCUACUGCCAAGUGAGCAGAAGAAGAAUGUACUGGGAAAAUGCAUCUGACUCAAGAAAUAGUUUGAUUGCUUCAGCCUUGUCUCGAGAUAGAUUUACACUAAUUUACUCUAAUAUUCAUGUUGCUGAUAAUCUAAAUUUAGAUACAUCCGAUAAAUUUGCAAAAGUUCGUCCUUUAUUAAAAGUUUUAACUAUGAGGUUUCUUGAGCACUGUCCACAUAAGGAGAAUCAUAGUGUUGAUGAGGCUAUGGUCCCAUAUUUUGGUCAUCACGGCUGCAAACAGUUUAUUAGAGGCAAGCCUAUAAGAUAUGGAUACAAAUUAUGGGUUGGUGCAACAUCAGGAGGUUACAUUGCAUGGUUUGAACCAUACCAAGGUGCUUCUACAUUUACGAAUGCCCAAUAUUCCCAGCUUGGUCUUGGUGCAAGUGUGGUUUUGUCUUAUGCAGAUCAACUAGCAACAUUAGGCUAUGGAAAAAACUACCAUCUCUUCAUAGAUAACUUUUUUACCGGUUUGCCUUUGGUUCAUGAACUUACUGAGAGGGGAUUUCGUGUAACUGGUACUAUCAGAGAAAAUAGAUCUGGAAAGUGCCCUCUAUUAAGUAACAAAGAAGCAAAGACAAAAGAAAGAGGCUUUUAUGAUUAUCGCAUAUCUGAUGAUAUUAUAAUUUGCAAGUGGCAUGACAAUAGUAUAGUGUCAGUAUGCUCUAAUGCAGUUGGUGUUGAUCCUGUCCACAAAACUGAACGCUAUUCUCAGCAACUAAAAAGAAAAUAUCUGUUUCUCAACCUCAUCUCAUUCAACAAUACAAUAAAAAUAUGGGUGGAGUAG